UUCUCUGAUUUUUCUUCUUUUGAUCCUUCGGCGCUCUUUCGCUCUGCACUGCGAGGAUUUGAUGCCCGGGGUCUGGAGGCUUUGAUGGGGAAUUGCCCUCCGGGUGGAGGCUGGGAGGAGGCUGGUUUCCCCACCGCUGAUCCUCGGACUCCCGGCUUGUUCCACCGGGUUUCCCUCCGGUCGAGUGGACAGGCAUGACGGAUCCUAACGACCUCGCUCAGGUUACCGGCAGCAGCAGCAGCAGCAUCUCAUGCACGGUUCAGCACCGCCAAACACCGCCGCCCGACCCUCGGGUCCCCCUGCCGGUGUCCCAGCGUCCGCCGGUCCCCCGACGCCUGUUGUGACAUGACAGCUCGGGGCAGAAAGGCGAGGAUCAAAGGUUACGGGCAGGGACUGCAGCUGGAGCGCGGAUGGAUCGCAUCCUCCGGGAGAAACUGACCGCUGGGGUUUAGAGGAGAGGAUGCAAUCAUCCCUGCAUCUAAAAUUCACGUGACACUCGAUUUAUCUGCUCCCUUGUUUCUGCUUUGGCUCCUCCGGAGGUCAGCGCGCAGGGUCAGCCCCAGAGCAGCGGGCAGAUGUGCUCGCACAUCAGCAGGGCGGGUGUCUGCGUUACCGGGUACCCUCCCGGGCCUGCAGCGUGGUAGCACCCACCUUUGCCUUAUAAUCUCAUCGGAUGCACAGCCUCGCGGUGUCGGUGGAUUCCCGGCCAGCUGCGCUGUUCCCCGGCCUGUCAGGCUCACUUAGCCGCCGCUGACCGCCACCUCCACCCGCACAGCUAUGGGUUGCAUCCAGAGCAUCGCCUGUAACAAAUCACGCAUCAAACGAGAGAGCAUCGUGGUGUGCGACCUGUCCGCCACCAUAGACCACUGCCCCACGGUCAUCGAGGAGAGCUCGCCCAUAGUGCUUCGGUAUAAGACGCCCUAUUUCAAAGCGUCUGCGCGGAUUGUGAUGCCUCCAGUCCCGCGCAACGAGACCUGGGUGGUGGGCUGGAUCCAGGCGUGCACCCAUAUGGAAUUUUACAACACCUACGGAGACGUCGGCAUGUCCAGCUGGGAGCUGCCUCAGCUCCGUGAAGGCCUGGUCCGGGCCAUCAGCGACUCAGAUGGCGUGAGCUACCCUUGGUACGGAAACACAACAGAGACAGUCACCAUAGUCGGCCCCACGUCCAAGCCGUCACGCUUCAUCGUCAGCAUGAACGACAAUUUUUACCCCAGCGUUACCUGGGCUGUGCCGGUCAGCGAAUCUAACACGCCUUUACUGACGAACAUUAAAAGAGACCAGAGUUUCACCACCUGGCUGGUGGCACUCAACACCACAUCCAGGGAAAAGAUCCUGCUCCACACCAUCAAGUGGAGGAUGAGGGUUGACAUCGCAGUGGACCCGUCCCUGCCUCUGGGUUCCAGGGCCAGGUUGGUGGGCCGGGUGCACCAGGACCAGCCGCGGGUGCUGACUCGAAUGGAGCCCAUUCCUCCUAACGCCAUGGGGAGGCCCAACGCCAACGAUGCCCAGGUUCUGAUGUGGAGGCCGAGGAGAGGCCCUCCGGUUGUUGUCAUACCGCCCAAGUAGAACACCACGUGCAUCUGAUUGGCCGUUUUUGGACAUCAUAUCAUAUCAGGCCAAUUCUGCUAACAGGAUAAUCAGAUGAGACGCAAAAGCAGACAAAAAUAAUAUUUAUAAGCAGGCUGAGAAUUGCAUUAUGUGCUGAUGGCCUCAUCAGAGUUGCAGUGCUUUGAAUCUUGAGGGGACAACCGCCUUAAUUCCCCACCGCUGCCUUUGACGAUCAGAAAGUUUGCUUGCUUCUGGUGCCGUUGGGCCGUGCAGGCGUGCACUCCGGCCCUGCACAACAGAGGGAAGACUCGUCUGAAGUUUGAACAUCAGUGCUGGGAUGUAACUGAUACCUGUGCUGUAGCUACUCAGGCCCUGGAAGAAGUGACGGAGCUUAUUUGACAAAGGUUUUCGCGGCCUUAAAGACGGCACACUCGUGGCCUGCUCUGUUCUGUACGCUAAAGUGCUGUGUAAGAGUUUAACCGAGGAAAGUUGUUAGUGUUUGUGUUGCGUUCACGUUCAGCGAGGACGGCGUCGCUGUGGGGUUUCUUCUUCAUCAUGGACGCAGACAAGUAGAAUCUCACCGGGAUGACGUGAGCGUGUGGACGCGUGUCUCUGUUUGUGCUUGUGUGCUUUCUAUAAUGGAGCCCGGGGUCGGGUCCAGGCGUGCUGCUGUGUCACACCAGACUGCCUCACACACUCACACACACACACACACAAGGCCUCGUUUGUAAAGCCGAAACAUUGUAGGGUCAUUUCUUUUCUUUGUGUUUUAAAGAUUGUCACAUGCAAACACAGAGCUACCUUGUUUUUGACAUAUCAGAGGAAAAGCAGAAAUAACACUUUGGUUUCAGUCACAUACACACAGACAUGACUGAAGCCCUGCAGCAGGACUAUUUCCCCCUCCUGCAAUCACACGUGGCCAGUUCGUCCGAGCUGCAGAGCUUCUCCCUCCCUGCCUUUUUAAAAGCCAGAGAUGCCUGUGUUGAUGACAGCCUGCUACAGUCAAACACGGUUUUAUCAUUUGAAGAACGUACUGAUACCAAGCUACACUCAUGUAAGACUGAGAUCACACCAAAACAUAGUUUCUUCUGAGUUAACCCUGGCAGCGUGCAGCCCUGCAGUUAGAAGGUAAUCUGCUGAAGCACAGCAACGUUUCAGCUGUCGUCAACGUACCUGCUCAUCCAGAUUUGGGAUAUCAAACUAACGCUUGUUAAAUCUCACUCAUCUGAGGGUUACAGGAUUUUUUCUUUGUCUUCAAACAGCAUUUGAAAUAUCUAGAAAAAAUGUAUGACGGUUCAUCUUCAGGGUGACGAAAAAAGUUUCGUCCAUUCAAAAAGUGUCCAUUCAGCAGUGAGCAAAAUAUCCAAACACGUGACGGUGUGAGAGGAAGUGUUUGCUUCGCAGCGUCUCUGGUGGUCUGUCGUGAUGUGUGUGUCAGAAGGUUCGCAGCUGAAAAUGAAAGACAGUAUGUGCUGUUUCCCUACGAGCUCACAGCUUCAGCGUAGUUCACUGUUAGGCUGUUGUGUUUUGGCUCGUAGCCUUCAUCGUGCUCGUAAAACAUCACACACGUGGCUGAGAUUGUGCGUUUUACAUUUUUUCUAUUUCACAUCUGCAUCAUUUAAUCUGUAAUAUGUUUUAUGAUGACCCCGAUGAAGGCUGCGAGCCACAAAUACACUUGUCUAGCCUUACAGUUACCCUGUAUACUGUCGGUGCUGCGGGAGGUUUGAUCUCUUCAGGCUUUUUCCUCUCCUCCGUGCACCUUAGAAGGAGGUGAAACAGUGCCCCAAACCAGAAACCUCUACGCUGCUUCUGAUGAUUUUCCAGGCGGUGCAUUUGCUGUAGAUCUGCUCAUCCGGCCUCAGCGGGACUGAAAAAAAGAAAAAAGGCUUCUGCUGAACUGCUGAGCUGGUCCAGAUGAGACAGAGAUGAAGAGAGAUGGAUGAUGUAACCACAUUAUCUUGCCCAUGCUGCUCAUUACUCUUGGUGCGAACCGAACAAGCCUUCACACACACACACACAGACACACACACCUCAUAUAGAGCCAGGA